AUGACAAAGCUAAUAGAGAAGGCGAGAAAUAAUGCAUCGGCUUUUGAGAAACGUUCAGAGUAUUGUGACCGUGAUAUGGCAAAGAGUGAUCUUACCAUGGCAACAGAGUUGGAUCCUCUACGCACUUAUCCUUACAAAUACAGAGCAGCAGUGUUAAUGGAUGUUCAUAAGGAGGCCGAAGCAAUAGCAGAGCUUUCAAGGGCCAUUGAUUUUAAGCCAGAUAUACAAUUGUUACAUCUCCGAGCAGCAUUUUAUGAUUCAAUGGGUGAUUAUGUUUCCACCGUCCGAGACUGCGAAGCAGCCCUUUGUCUGGAUUCCAGCAACGGCGAUAUGCUCGAGCUUUGCAACAAAGCUCGAGAACGUAUUAUAGAAGAAAAGUGA